AGUGAUGAGGAGGGAGAAGAAUCGCAUCGCAGCACAAAAGAGCAGGAUGAGACAAACGCAAAAAGCAGACAGUCUGCAUCUGUUCUAUCAAGAGAAUGAUGGAGAACAUCAGACUGAUACACAAUGACCCGAUUUCCCAGAGCGCCAUAAUGACACCGUAGUGUCCGGUUCUCACAGGUUCUCGAUUCAGCCUCAUCGAUUGACGGACGAUGUUUCAGAAACCGGAGCUUGGUCUGUGAUCAUCUGGACCUCUUUGUUCUGAAGAAAGGACCGAUUGGUUUUGCACACAAUGUCGCUCCAUAAUGUAAACGAGAGCUCUGUGACCGUUCCAGAGGACAGCAGGACUUCUGCGAAAGCUCAUGAUGUGAUGACAUCUGGCUCAGACGGGUUCCUGUGCGUUCCACGUUUUCUGCGGCUGUCCUUCUCGCCGGCGUCCCUCGAAAGGGUGUACCAGACGUACUUCCGGCGCCAGAGGCAGGAAACGCUGCUUGUCCUUGUAGUCUUCGCAGUGCUUUUUAACUGCUACGUGAUUGUGAUGUGUGCUGUCGUGUACUCAGGGGAUAAGAUAGCGAUGGUGGCGGCGGCAGGGGCGGGGCUCGGAGCAGAUGUGGUGCUGUACGUGUUCUGCCGGUUCCAUGUGCUGCCGGACGCUGUGAUGCGCCACGCCGUGCCAUUCAUUCUGUGGAUCCUCAUCACUCUGCACGUGCUCUUUUACGUGGGAUUUAACUUCACUGGGUUUAACGAGGCGAGCGAUGCGGUCGGGUGGCAGACCUUCUUCACCUUCUCGCUGUUCCUCACCAUGCCGCUGCCGCUCACACACAUCCUCAUACUGGCAGCUAUCACAUGCAGCGCACACACAGCCCUGCUCGCCGCGGUCAUCACACUGAGGUGGCAGGAGGGCCUACAGAGCACCGUACUGGUCCGGCAGCUGGUGGCAAACGUGAUGCUGUACCUGGGUGCUGUGGUUGUGGGUGUGAUGUCGUAUUUCAUGGCUGAUCGUAAAUACCGCACAGCGUUUCUGGAAGCCAAACAGUCGCUGGAGGUUCGACUCACACUGGAGGAACAGAGCCAACAACAGGAGGAGCUGUUGUUGUCCAUUUUGCCAAAACACAUUGCGGAUGAGAUGCUGCAGGGAAUGAAGAAUGAAGCUCAUCAGAAAUCAGAGGCUCAACAAUUCAACACAAUGUACAUGUACCGCCAUGAGAACGUCAGUAUCCUCUUUGCUGAUAUUGUUGGUUUUACUCAGUUGUCAUCGGCCUGCAGCGCUCAAGAACUCGUCAAGCUGCUUAACGAACUCUUUGCCAGCUUCGACAAACUAGCUGCUCAACACCACCAGUUGCGCAUUAAGAUCCUGGGUGACUGUUAUUACUGUAUCUGUGGAUUACCGGAUUACCGUGAAGAUCAUGCAGCCUGUUCUAUCAUGAUGGGCCUCGCUAUGGUGAAGGCCAUCUCGUACGUGCGUGAGAAGACACGGACGGAGGUGGACAUGCGUGUGGGUGUGCACACAGGGACAGUUCUGGGUGGAGUUUUAGGACAGAAACGUUGGCAGUUUGAUGUCUGGUCCACUGAUGUCACUGUCGCUAACAAGAUGGAGUCUGGUGGAAUCCCGGGGCGUGUACACAUCUCCCAGGCAACAAUGGAGUGUCUGCAUGGAGAGUUCGAGCUGGAGCCAGGGAACGGAGGAGAACGCUGCGAGUACCUGAUGGAGAAAGGUAUCGACACCUACCUGGUGCUUGUUACCAAGGAAACAGACACAGUGGGUGGAGUUAGUAAUGGCUGGAUGGGCGGUGUUCUGACCAGUGGGAACUCUGCUCCACUCAUCACCACCACAGUGACCACGGGCAGUUUGUGUUCAGUUCACGCUGUCGCUAAUGACACGGGCGAGGAAAACACUCAGAAGCUACAUUUGAGCCGCCUGUCAGAUGGAGAGAUGGACAACCAACAGGAACUGAACAGACUGCUGAGUAAAGUGUUACUGGACAGAGAGUCUGAGAAAACGAUGAAGGAGAAGAGCACCACCACUCUGUCUUUGCAAUUCGUCGAUUCUGAGCUUGAGUCUCGUUAUUCGGCAGAGAAAGAGCGUCAGACGGGCGUCGCCUUCAGCUGCAGCUGUAUCGUUCUUCUCUUCACCUCUGCCAUGGAAGUGCUCAUCGAUCCGCAGUUGACGGUAAACUAUGUAACAUUGGUGGUGGGUGAAGUUCUGCUCCUCAUCCUCACCAUCUGCUCACUGGCAACCAUUUUCCCACGAAUCAUGAUGAUGAAGACGGUAAUGAUGAAGAAGAAGAAGAUGAUGAUGAAGAUGGCGACAAAGAUGAUGAUGAUGAAGUUGAUGGUUGUGAUGAUGAUGAUGAAGGUGGUGGUGAUGAUGAAGCUAUUGAUGAUAAAGAUGGUGAUUAUGAAGCUGAAGAUGAUGAAGGUAGUGAUGAUGAUGAACAUGGUGAUUAUGGUGAUGAUGAAGAUGGGGAUAGUGAUGAUGAAAGCUGUAAUUAUGAAGAUGAUGAUGACAGUGCUGAUUACGAAGAUGAUAUUGAUGAUGAUGAUGAUGAUGAUGAUGAUGAUGACGGUGGUUAUGAAGAUGAUGAUGAAAGUGGUGGUGAUGAUGAUCAUGAUGAAGAUAUUGAUGAUGAAGAUGGUCAUUAUGAAGACAAUGAUGAGGAAGGUGAUGAUGAACAUGGUGAUUAUGGUGAUGAAGAUGGUGAUGCUGAAGGUUUUGAUUAUGAUGAUGAUGAAGAUGAUGAUGAAAGUGGUGGUGAUGAUGAUCAUGAUGAAGAUAUUGAUGAUGAAGAUGGUCAUUAUGAAGACAAUGAUGAGGAAGGUGAUGAUGAUGAUGAACAUGGUGAUUAUGGUGAUGAAGAUGGUGAUGCUGAAGGUUGUGAUUAUGAUGAUGAUGACGGUGGUUAUGAAGAUGAUGAUGAAAGUGGUGGUGAUGAUGAAGAUAUGGAUGAUGAAGAUGGUCAUUAUGAAGACAAUGAUGAGGAAGGUGAUGAUGAUGAUGAACAUGGUGAUUAUGGUGAUGAAGAUGGUGAUGCUGAAGGUUGUGAUUAUGAUGAUGAUGACGGUGGUUAUGAAGAUUAUGAAAGUGGUGGUGAUGAUGAAGAUAUUGAUGAUGAUGAUGAUGGUGAUGAACAUGGUGAUUAUGGUGAUGAAGAUGGUGAUGCUGAAGGUUGUGAUUAUGAUGAUGAUGAAGAUGAUGAUGAAAGUGGUGGUGAUGAUGAUGAUGAAGAUAUUGAUGAAGAUGGUCAUUAUGAAGACAAUGAUGAAGUUGUUCUCAGAGAAGCUGGUGUUGUUCUCGAUGUGGAUUGAUAGGACACGCUGGGCUCGGAACACCUGGGCGAUGGCAGCUAUCUUUGUUUUGGCCAUGGCUGAGGUGGCUGACAUGUUGAGCUGUGUUCAGCCUUCUGUAAUUCUAUUCAACACCACUUUGGGUUUAACACUCAAGUUCCUUGGUGAUGGCGGUUGUAUUGAAAACCCCCAACACUACAGCUUCAUGGCCGUGUUAUCGCUCGUGGCAACCAUGAUGCUUGUUCAGGUCAGUCACCUCAUUAAGCUCGCACUAAUGGCGCUCAUCACCGUGGCAACCGCUGUCGUGGACAUCUACAGCUGGAAUACCAUUUAUGAAAUCUAUGACAUCCUACGCUUCAUGAACUACAGGUAUGAUCUGGUUCCUUCCAAAUACCUGAUGACGGUGAUGAUCAUUGUGAUGAUGAUUAGCUUCUACUACUUUGCUCGGCACGUGGAGCGUCAGUCCCGUAAGUUGUUCCUGUGGAAGAUUGAGGUCCAUGAUCAGAAGGAGAGAGUGUAUGAGAUGAGGACGUAUAACGAGGCUCUGGUCACUAACAUGCUGCCAGAACAUGUAGCCAAACACUUUCUUGGCUCCAAGAAACGAGAUGAGGAGCUGUACAGUCAGUCAUAUGAUGAGAUCGGUGUGAUGUUUGCAUCCAUCCCAAAUUUCUCGGAUUUCUACACAGAGGAGAGCAUCAACAACGGCGGCCUCGAGUGUCUGCGCAUCCUGAAUGAGAUCAUCUCCGACUUCGACACCCUGCUGGACCGAACUGAGUUUCUCUGCAUCACUAAAAUAAAGACGAUCGGCAGCACGUACAUGGCAGCUUCAGGACUGACGCCAGAGAGCAACACGAACGGCUACGGCAGCCGAAAGAAGGAGGAUCAGUGUAUUCUGGAGCGCUGGCAGCAUUUAGCUGAUUUGGCAGAUUUUGCUCUGGCAAUGAAAGUCACACUGAACAACCUCAACAAACAGAGCUUCAACAGCUUCAUGCUGCGCAUUGGAUUGAACAUGGGCGGUGUGUUAGCCGGUGUGAUCGGAGCGCGGAAGCCUCACUAUGAUAUUUGGGGUAACACUGUGAACGUGGCCAGUCGCAUGGAGUCCACUGGAGUUAUGGGUAAUAUCCAGGUGGUGGAGGACUGCUAUAAGAUCCUGAGAGAGUACGGGUUCCGCUUCGUACGCAGAGGACCGAUCUACGUGAAGGGAAAAGGAGAACUGCUCACCUACUUCAUGAAGGGAAAAGACAAGCCGCCGCCCACAAACGGCACCACCGUCAUCCCACCCCUCCCCCACCAGAUACCGCCCCACAAUUGAACACACACACGUCCUGAUGAGGCAUGGUGUUCUCGAGAUGCUGAGGGACAAAAUGUUAUCUGGUCAAAAGGGGUGGAGCUUCGUGUAGGUCUGCUCGGCGAAUCAGAAACUUCAAACGUGAAUAGUUUAUUCAAUGCGAACCUGUCAGUGCGAUUGUUCGGCUACUGAGGUCGUUAUUUAGUUCAUUAUUCUUGUUGUAUUUUAUUCUUAAGUAAAAUGUUUAUUUGUUAUUUAUAUUUGAUGUUCUCCAUUGUGUAAUGUGCCUUUUAUUUGUUUGUUUGUUUGUUGGUUUCAGUUCGAACUGUUGCUCAAAGUUUGUUAGCUACAGGUGUUUACGGUUUACGUUAUAUAAGCUAACUGUUUCGCUUGCUAAUAUUAGCACGUUUCGUUAGCUUGUUAGCGAAUGUUGCUAAACCAACAUUUUACACAGUUAAUGCCAAUAUUUUAGGCUGAGCACUCAGGUCACAUGAUCAGGUCGAUGAUUGGCUGAUCAGAUUUAAGUUAAGCUCCACCCCCCAGACACACCCCCACACACACACACUCAGAACAGCUGUAUAAAUGAAGCUCACACACUCCUUUGUCGCUUUCUGCCUUAUUUUUCUCAAAUCCUUUCUUUUCUUUUCUUUAUCGCCGCUCAUUACAGCAGUGUAAAAGUAAUGGCACCUUCAUUCGUCUAUAGAUAAAUAUUAACGUUCCCGUCCCGCUGGAGUUUUUACUGCUGUAACGUCUCUGGAUCAGUGUUCUGCUUCUCAUCGGAUCACACAGCUGGAAUGUCUGUCAUAUAAAUAACCUUUACAUCUCACACACACGUUAUGUUAAUAUUCUAAUCACACAAUUCGGUGAAAUAAAGUUCACAGGCUGAAAUGAUUAUCGUUUUACACUACCGUUCGAAAGUUUGGGGUCACUUUGAAAUGUCGUUAUUUUUGAAAGAAAAGCACUGUUCUUUUCACUUUAAACUAAUCAGAAAUCCACUCUAUACAUUGCUAAUGUGCUAAAUGACUAUUCUAGCUGCAAAUGUCUGGUUUUUGGUGCAAUAGGUGUAUAGAGGCCCAUUUCCAGCAACUCUCACUCCAGUGUUCUAAUGGUACAAUGUGUUUGCUCAUUGCCUCAGAAGGCUAAUGGAUGAUUAGAAAACCCUUGUACAAUCAUGUUAGCACAGCUGAAAACAGUUGAGCUCUUUAGAGAAGCUAUAAAACUGACCUUCCUUUGAGCAGAUUGAGUUUCUGGAGCAUCACAUUAAUUUGUGGGGUCGAUUAAAUGCUCAAAAUGGCCAGAAAAAUGUCUUUCUAUUCAUUUUACAACUUAUGGUGGUACAAC